CCACAAAAACACGGAAACAUAAAACUUGCAAAGAAAGAAUUAAAAAAGAAGACUUAGAGCAAAGCCAAUUAAAAAAGAAUUAAAGUUCUGUGAAUUUUCGGAAAUUCCCGUGUUAAUUGUUCACUACCCUGCAAUCUUUGUUCUCUUAUCUUUUCUGAAAAUCCAUUCAUUUUGGGCUGUUGUUGUUGAGAUCAUAUCAUGGCUGGUGCACUUAUUGGUGGAGCUUUUCUUUCUGGCUUCAUUAACGUUGUUUUUGACAGGUUCCUUACAAAAGAUUCGGUCAACCUGAUCUUGGGCAAGAAGCUCGGCUCUGACUUGGUUGAGAGGCUGAAGAUUUCUCUGCAUGCUGCUGAAGCUCUGGUUGGUGAUGCUGAGUACAAGCAACUGGACAACCCAUCUGUGAAGGAUUGGCUCAACUGUCUGAAGGAUGCUGUUUACAUGGCUGAUGACUUGCUGAACGUUGUCCUCAUGAAAGCCGCCACUCGAAAGGAGGUACGUUCUUUCUGGCCCAUUAGCUUCCUCAACCCAGAUAGGGACAUGGUAGAUAAGAUGGAAGGGGUGGUUAGAAGGAUAGAAUUUCUUGAAAAACAAAAGGAUUUCCUUGGUCUGAAAGUGAUUCCCAAGGACAAUAACUUGGCAUGGAGAGCAUCCACAUCUCUGGUGGAGGGGAAUAUAUAUGGCAGGGAGGAUGAUCAACAAGCCUUACUCAAAAUAAUAAGUGAUAACAGUGAAUCUCAGUUAUCUGUGAUCCCUAUUGUUGGCAUGGGUGGGGUUGGUAAAACAACCUUAGCUAAAUGGGUGUACAGUGUCAUAGAGGGAUUUGAUCUGAAAGCAUGGAUUUGCAUCUCUGAAACAUUUGAUGUUGCUGAUAUUAUAAAGACAAUCAUAGAGGAAGUUACUAGAAGUCCUUGUACUCUUCAGAGUUUAAAUUCGCUUCAACUUGAAUUGAAGAGAAUCUUGUGGGAGAAGAAGUUUCUUAUUGUUCUAGACGACGUCUGGAACGAUGAUGCUGAUAGCUGGAAGAAAUUUAAAACUCCUUUCCAUGGUGGGGCUAAGGGAAGUACAAUGCUUCUAACAACUCGCAUCAAAGAGGUUGCCUCAAUAGUUCAAACCUAUCCCUCUUACUUUCUUAAUGAGCUGUCGGAAGAUUAUUGUUGGCUAGUGUUUGCAGAUAAUUCAUGUUUUCUAAAGUCAAACGAUAAUUCAGCACUAGAAGAAAUUGGUAGAAAAAUUGUCAAGAAGUGUAAGGGGUUGCCAUUAGCUGCAGAAACCCUCGGGCGCUUGUUGCGAGGAAAGGAGGAUGUUAAAGAAUGGAAUGUUGUUUUAACAAGUGACAUCUGGGAAUUUUCUAUGAAAAAUAGUAAAAUUGUUCCAGCAUUGUUAAUAAGCUACUUCCAGCUCCCUGCCUAUUUAAAGCGUUGUUUUGUUUAUUGUUCGUUGUAUCCCAAAGAUCACGAAUUUGUCAAAGAUGAACUAAUCUUGUUGUGGAUAGCAGAAGAUCUUUUAAGGCCAUUGAAGAAAGGAGAAACUCUAGAAGAAGUUGGUCGGGAGUGCUUUGAUGAACUAGCUUCCAGACAUUUUUUUAAACAGCAUGAUCAUUUUUAUAAGAUGCAUGACCUAUUGCAUGACUUAGCAAUUUUUCUUGCUGGAGACUUCUAUUGUAGAUUAGAGCUUGGUAAUGUAGAAGCUAUGACUACUUUGACUCGUCAUUUGUCCUUUGAAAGCUUGAGUCAUCUGAUCUCAGAAAAUUUUGGUGCCAUUGAAUAUUUGAGGACAUUCAUGCGAAUUAAUUUCUUUUCUCAUUUAGACAACAAUGAUGGUGUAACAUUUAUCUUAAUGUCAAAACUCAAAUAUUUGAGAGUUUUGUCAUUUUCUUUAUUCAAAGGACUUGAUGUAUUGCCUGAUACAAUAGGCGAAUUGACUUACUUGCGUUACUUGAAUCUCUCCAAGACAAGCAUUAAGUCACUACCAGAAUCAUUGUGUGACCUGUACAAUCUACAAACAUUGAAGCUGGAUGAGUGUUCUAGUUUGACUAUGUUACCCAAUGGCAUGCAUAGGCUUGUUAAUUUGCGACAUCUAUGUAUUUGGAGAACUUGUUUAAAAGAAAUGCCAGGAGGAAUGAGCAAAUUGAAACAGUUGCACAUUUUACACCACUUUAUUAUGGGCAAGCAUGAAGACAAUGGAAUCCAAGAGUUGGGAGGCCUUUUAAAUAUUCAUGGAUCAUUUGGGAUUAAGAAUUUGGAGAAUGUUGUGGAUGUCACACAAGCAAGGAGUGCAAGGAUAUUGGAUAAGAAGCACAUUGACCGCUUAGUGUUGAAAUGGUCUUCAAGCGAUGAUAUGGUUUCAAAUACACAAACUGAAAGAGAUAUACUUGGCACCCUGCAACCACACAAUGGGUUGAAAAUAUUGAAAAUCAAGGGAUACAGAGGUACAAUAUUUCCAAAUUGGGUUGGACAUUAUUCAUACCAAAAUAUGACUGGUGUAUGUUUGGAGUCUUGUAACAAUUGUUGCAUGUUGCCUUCACUUGGACAGCUUCCAUCUCUUAAGGCUUUGCGCAUUGAAGGUUUUGGUAGGCUCAAGAGUGUUGGAAUGGAGUUUUACAAGAAUGAAGGAGAUCAUCAUUCUUCUCCUAUUGCACCGUUUCCUGCACUCAAGACAUUGGAAUUUUGGAGUAUGCCAUGUUGGGAGGUGUGGCACUUAUCUGACUCAGAAACUUUUCCUCAACUCAAGAACCUUCAAAUAACAAACUGUCCAAUGCUAAAGGGAGAUAUGCUUAAUCACUUAUUCUUGAGAAUAGUUUCUUCCUUUUUGGAUGCUUCCAAAGUUCACAAACUAGAUAUAUCGGAAGAUCAUGAAGGAUGGUCUCGAUUGGUGUCACUUAAGGGAGAUACUUUAUCAAUUAAGGGAUGUGAAACUGUGGUGGAGUCUGCAUUUAAGGCAGUUAGCAUCAACCACCUAACUUGCAUACAAGAAAUACGAAUUUCACAUUGUUCGUUUGCUGUAUCCUUUCCUGGCAACUGUUUACAUAAAUCUUUGCAAAAGCUGACAAUCUGGCAUUGCGAAAAACUGGAAUUCCCACAGCAACAGCAGCAGAAGUAUGAUUUGGUAGAGCUACAAAUACACUCCAGCUGCGAUUCACUGUCCUCAUUGUCAUUGGAUGCCUUUCCAAAUCUGAAGACUCUCAAGAUAUCAGGGUGUGAGAAUCUGGAAUCAGUUUCAAUAUCACAGCCACCACACACUGCUCUUCAACGUCUCUCCAUCCAUCAAUGCCCCAAAUUUAUGUCAUUUACAGGAGAAGGACUGGCUGAACCCAACUUGACUCAUUUCGAAGUUAACUUGUGUGACAAGUUGGAGGCAUUGCCGAGUGACAUGAAUUCUCUUCUCCCAAAUUUAGAUUCUGUCGACAGCCGGGAAAUUUGUAGGCUGCCAGAUGGUGGUUUGCCGCCUAACUUGAAGCAACUUAUUGUCAACAAACAACUGAGGGGUCUAUCGUCGAUGGGCAACUUCAACACCCUCACUCAUCUUACCAUUCAGGGUUAUGUUGGUGUGAGGUCAUUCCCAGAGGUAGCUUCUCUGCCUCACCUUCCCUACCUUAUCACUUUGCGUCUGUAUUGGUUUCCAGAUCUCGAGACAUUGGAGUGCAACCAGCUUCUCUGCCUCAACUCCCUCCAGAAAUUAAAAAUUGGAUGGUGUCCAAAGCUGGAGAAUAUGACAGGAGAAAAGCUGCCUCCUUCUCUCUCACUAUUUAAAAUUAAACACUGUCCUUUGUUGGGAGAACACUUCAAGAACAAGCAUCAACAACUUUGGCCCAAAAUUUCCCACAUCCUUACCAUUAAAGUUGAUGAUGAACAAAUUUUCUGAAUAGAGAUUUCUAAGUAGGUAAUUUCUCUAAUCUUCAUGUUUCUUAUGGUAUUUUAUACAUGCAUAAAUUUCCUUUUCCUUAAAGAUACAAAAAAAAAAAAAAAACAAAGGAGUCCUCACUUUAUUUAGGCAACAUUAAGUAGUUGAACUGAAAUACCAACAAGAAAGUUUGAAUUUUUUCUUUCAUUUAUCAGGGGAUCUUUCAGUUCGUAGGUGUACUUGGAGAGAUAUCCGUUGUUGCUCUGACAAAAGUAAUUAAUUAAUUACUAUAUGUGAUACUUAUUAAGUAUUAACAUUCAUAUUUUUUUAUAAAAUUGCAUUUAAAAAGGAAGAUAAGAAGUACAACAAAAUAAAAAUUGGAAGACAAGGAAUAUCUCUUUUUUUUUUUCCUAAUCCAACAUUUAAGAAUUGUUUUUUAUGUAUUAAACAAAUGAAUGAAUCAAAAUUACAGUUUUUACCAUCUUUUGCAGGUAGUUUGUGCAUAAAUCAAGAUGUAAUCCUAUACAUUGGUUAUAUAUUCUAAGUUCAUUUAAGGUGGCAAGCUGGAUUAAUGUGUUGUGACCAGAAGCUGUGUUUUCUGAUUUUGUCUUCAUGCUAGUAUCUAAACUAGAAUGAGCAGGAAAGAAAACAAAGGAAAAGAUGGAGAAAGUUGGAGUGACACCUAUCAAUGAAAAGUUUUUGUUGUUGAGAUGUAACUGUGUCCAUACAACAUGCUAUCUGAAUUUUGGUGACAUAGAAGAGUAAGUUGGGAUUUUUGCCUUCAACUGCUUGAUGGAUUUGUACCUCUGAGUUCAACAUUAUUAGUUAUUAUGUUGUAUGAUGAUAAACAUUAUUUUUGGAGUAGAUUAAAUGUGUGUCAUUGCAUUGAUGUAACUGCAUUUUUUUCCCUAUUGUUUCAGAAAUAUUUAUUGGAUGACUUGGAUAUGCCUUGCACAUUUCCAAGGUUGAUAAUUGAGAUAUUAGUGUCACUCUAAACAGAUAAGUAUUAUUUCUCUAAUUUAAAAAUGUAGAAAACUGUAUUAUUACCUUGGUCGUGACUCAUGCAGCAGUUGAAACCUUCCUCAACUUGCAGUUUUGUUGCAUCUCUCAGACUUAAAGACACACAAAUAAAAAACUCCAAAUCACAUCCAAAAUCAAGGAUAAAAACUAAAAAAAUAAACAUUAAAUAAAGAUCACAUUAAAACUCAAUAAUGAUGAAAUGAGUAUUUGUGCACAAUAUACAAAAAUAAUAAAAUAAAAGAAGAAAGUGUAACAAAACAUUUCUCUAAAAGAAGAAGAAUAAGUGGUUUUUAUUGACAGUUAAUUAGGUACAAAUAUUUUACUUACCUCCUACUAGCUAAAAGAGACAACAUAGUACCUUGAAAUUGAUUGGUCAAUUCCUAAUAAUAAAGCUUGAAUAUUCAUACACAGAAAGAAAAGCUAGCAUAUAUCUCUUUGUUUCUAUAUACAUAUAUAUCCAUCAAAACUCAUAGGAUAAAUACAAGAAAAAAACAGAGGGAAAAAAAUGUCUGAGAAUGCAGCUCAUCAUGUGGUGAUGCUUCCAUGGUCUGCAUUUGGCCACUUGAUUCCAUUUUUCCAACUCUAUAUAGCCAUAGCCAAAUCAGGAAUUCAUGUCUCCUUCAUUUCAACGCCAAAGAAGAUUCAAAGGCUUCCAAAACCACCUUCAGAUUUAUCUCAUUUGCUACAUUUGGUUGAAAUUCCAUUUCCAUCAUCAAUAGAGUCAGUGGCGGAUCUUAGGGGGGCCUAAGGUGGCCAUGGUCCCCCCAAAAAUUAAAAAAAAAAAAAUAGUAAAUAGUAAUAAUUAAUAAUAUUAAAUUUAUUUUUAAAUAAAAUAUUAAAAAAAAAUAUAAGUUACAAAAUUUUAUAAAUUAAAAUAAUUAAAAACUGCACUAUGUAUUAGAUAUUUGAAUUAUUGUUGCUCUUGUUAACAAAUAGCCCAUUCAAAUAAUUAAUAAAAAUGGUUCUAUUAUACUAGCCCAAGCACAUACUAUUAAUUAAAGUAACACUAGUACAUUUUUCAAAUAUUUGUUUCAAACCAUGAGAGGCAUCAGCGCCACUUUUCUCUCUCUUUUAGUGGUUUCCAAACUUUUGG